AUGUUCUAUGGUCUUAAAGUCUUCCAGUCAGUCUGUUCUUUGGUGUUUGGGAAUUGGCUCACUUCCAUUGGCCCAGACAAUGCGAAGAUGGUGAAGCAGAUUCGCGGCUACGCUACAGAUCUCGUGAGGAGCGAUCGCGUUUUUGCUCUUUCCCUUGCAAGCGGACACGCUUCAGUGUCCGUCACCGGGGACCCGAAAGGAUAUCAAGUCGGAGACGGAGUCUUCCGCGCGCCUUUCAAGGACCCCGAGCGACCCGAGAUGAUCAUGUGGACAACUGCCUCAUCUUCAGUCAUCUACGCGUCGAAGGAUGAUCAACACACUGUUUCGAUGUUCAAGGUUGAAAGCGAUGCACCUCUGAAGCUGGUUCCUAUGUAG